AAUGGAUUAAGCUCUCUAUAAUCUGUCUCUUCUUUAUCAGUCAAAUAAUCAGACAUUCAUCGACCACUGACUGUGUGUGCGGCACUUAGCAGUGGGCCAGCAACUUUAAAAGCCAAGGUUGCUGCCUCCAAAUGGCUGAUCUGCUGGGAUUGCAACACAUCUUGACUUAUUAGAAGGCAAUGUAGUGCUACAUUGUAUGGGACUAAAGAAAGCCUCAGAAAAAGCAGAAGCUAGAGUGAAUCUGAGUGGUCAGAGGAUGCUUUGGGACAGAAGGGUUGUGAUUUGGUUCAGGCCUUGAAAUUAGAAACAAAGGAAGAAUUGUCAUUUAGAUCGUUAUUAGUGACAACGCCUUUUCUAAGGUAGGGCUGAUGCUGCCAGUGUCCGUCUUCAUUCUGUGUAAAGGACAUCUACCUGCACGGUGGCUCAACCAAAAAGCGUUCCCUGCCUCAUGGAGCAGAUGGUUCAUCACAAAUUCUGUAGUGAUUGCUGCCAUGAAAUUAGCCAGAAUCAGGGUUGGGAUAUGGAAAUAAUUGUAUCCACAUUCUUCAAGGCUAAGUGUAAUGGAGUCCAUACAUCUGAAGGCAUGCUUAUAAUGGAUUACAUGUAGAUCCCUAUAUUCCCAAGGGGAUGGAAUCUGUCUUUGUCCCGGUCUCAGGGUUUUCUAUAGUCAGGGUUCUCACAUGUUAUCUUAUACCCACUCAGGAGUACCUGUCGCUAACGUGAGCUUAGAAACCCAGCCCCCUGGCGGGCAGGUGAUUGAAGGAGAGAAGUUGGUCCUCCUCUGCUCGGUGUCUGAGGGCACAGGAAACAUCACAUUCUCCUGGCACAGAGAGACCACAGAAACCAGUCUGGGAAACAAGACCCAGCGUUCCCUGUCAGCAGAGCUGGAGAUCCUGGCUGUGAAGGACAGUGAUGCUGGCAAGUAUUACUGCAGAGCUGACAAUGGUUACCAGCCCGUCCUGAGUGAGGUGAACAUCACUGUGAGAAUUCCAGUGUCUCGCCCUGCCCUUACCAUCAGGGUUUCUGGGGCCCAGGCUAUGGUCGGGGACAUGGUGGAGCUUCACUGUGAGGUCCAGAGAGGCACUCACCCUAUCCUGUACCAGUUCUAUCAAAAGGAUGUCAUCCUGGGGAACAGCUCGGCAUCCUUUGGAGGAGGAGCAUCCUUCAACCUCUCUCUGACCUCAGAGCACUCUGAGAACUACUCCUGUGAGGCUGACAAUGGCCUCAGGGCCCAGCGUAGUCAGGUGGUGACACUCAAUGUCACAGGACCUGAGGGCUACAGAAAAGACCUUGUCAUAGCCGGAACUCUUGGGGGACUCUUUGGUGUUCUUGGUUUUGUUGCUGUUGCCCUACCAUUUUAUUACUGGUACCACAAGACAUCAGAAGCAAAUGACAGCAGAAGCAGACAGCUAAUCCCAAGAUCAUGGAACAAGAUAUCAUGCAAGUUACUAAGAUUUGUGGACUUUGCUUAGUGAUUGUAACUUUUCUUGUAUUAAUAACCUUACUAUACUCCUGUGGUCUUAUUUCUUAGAAAUUCUCUCUAAUAUGAAAGUCCAAAUAAACUUUUUUUCUGCUUAAUUGCUAAUGCUUCUCUUUAUGCCUGAGUAAGUACUACAAGAGAAAUAGGACAAAAUAUCAUAAAAACUCACACACACAAAAAAAAGCUUCUUAGCCUCAUUCAAUACCUCCUAUACCUAAUACUCCUUUUCUUGAUAUUUUUAACUGGUUACCUAAUAGUAUUGGCUCUUAGCUACAUUUUUAUUCCAGACUAGAUUGAUUAUCUUAGUUAUUGUAAUAAUUAUUUUGGGGUUAAUCAAAUAUUAUAUGAAUUGUUUCUCUAACAUUUGUAAUCAGGACACUAUUGCCCUGACAAUGCAUAGAAUUAUGUAUUUUUAAAGAACCCCAGUUUACACCUUAAGUUAGUCUUUUAGAAAUGCGAAGUUGUCCCUCCAAAUGUGGCCUUGCUGUACACAUGUCCCAACCAGAGAAUCACAGAAGCAGAGUGUCUAAGCUGUGGCAUGGUGAAGAAAUUAAUAGCUGAAUACUGGAAAAUGAAAACUAGGUCUGAAAUUUAAUAAAACAACCUAAAAAAUCCAUGCAGAAGAAAGCACUCUUAUAGUAGUGAUCAAGGAAUGUCUACAGAAAUUCAUGAUCAGAAGGGAGGAGUGUAUAAGAGCAUUUUAAAACUGAGGUGUUUGGCUUGACUAAGGUUGCUGACACAGGUCUAAAAUCAAAUUCCCCUUUUCCCCAGAUCCUUGCUCCUGCUUUCAGAAUACAUGCACUCCUCUUCCUUCCGGGUGAAUAAUUAUGUGGUUAUGCUUGCUUAAAUUUAUGAAAAAAGUGUUCCAGGAACAGCAUGACAAAAAUGCUCUGUUCUCAGGAGAAAAUGUUUAUGCAGCAUGUUAUAGGGAGAACACUUACACAGGUUGUCCCCAGAAAGUCUGUGAUGGAAAUUAGAUUGACUGACAUUGUGAAAAGUUUACUUGUGAUAUAUACGUAACCCCCGCCCUCAUAUACAAAAACCCCCUUUCAGACUUCAGAGCAUUUUGUCACUGAAUGCUGUCUAAUUUGUGAAUUGUACAUCUCUUAAUAAAACUCUUUGCUUUUAACCUUAGCAGGUUCAGAGAUUUUUUUUUUCCCUUUAACAGUACUCAAUGUUAUUUUACCUUCACAAAAGGAAGUUCAAAGUUUUCUUUUCUUUUAUAUGUUUUGAAACAGUUCAUAUAGCAAAAAAAUUGCCUAUUCUUUCAAGGUUUUAUGGAGCAUUCCCGUUAAAUGGUCUGUGCCUGUUGUGCUUUUGGAGGGUUAGACCUUGGACAAAUGUCUUUAUUUAUAUUCUUGUAAUUAAUCUUGCAAAAGAUGUUAAUAUUCAACAACAUCCAGUUUUCCUUUACUUCUGGGGAAAUGGGAAUUUUGCAUUUCCCUGACUCCUUGAAGUUAUGUAUGACCAGUGAAAUGACAGAAGUGGUGUGUGUCAUUCCCGAUGGGAGCUUUUAGGAGUCAAAGAUUGACCUUCCAUGCCCUAAUUCCAUGUGCCAGUUGAUUGUGGAAACACAUGCUGAGAUGAUAGCAUAUUAAACCAUAAAAUAUAUCAUAUUUUACGAUAAUUAAAACAUUGUUUUAGGUAUGUGAUUAGACAAGGAAAAAAUAGAACAAAAUAGAAUAUCCAGAAACCCAGGCAAAUGUCUGUGAGGUUUGCCAUUUGAAGUGACAUUUCAAAGCACUGGGGAAAAAGGAUGGAUUAUUCAACUGAUAGUAUUGGAAUAAAUAGCCAUUUGGAAGAAAUACAAUUGAAUUCCUAUUCUAUAUCAUGUAUUUUCCAGGCUGAUUAUACACAGUUAAGUCAUGCAAAAGCUUUGAGAGAUAAAGCUCCCUCUGCUGAAAUAAAUGUUUCUU